AAUGUUUCACAUCUACCAUCCAUACACACACACACACACAUGCUUACACACACACACACACUCACACACAGACACACAGACACACACAUGCUCAGUCUCUCUGAGGCAGACACAAGCUGAGCUGAGCGAAGCGUGAGAGAGGGAAAAGCCGCAGAACUAAAGAAAGACCACCGCAUCCCCCUGGGCUUUCACACAAGAGGAAGAGUUCAGGCAUCUCUCUCUCUCUCUCUCUCUCUUUCUCUCUAUCUCUCUUUCUCUCUCUCUGUCCCUCUAUCCCUCUCUUCAGCCUUAUCACUGUACUCAGCCAUCACACAUCACAGGAGAGACAGCAGGACAGACAGAGCGAGGGAACAACAGCAAGAAGAAAAGGAAAUUGUAGGGAGUGGUAUGAGGCGGUGAUGAUGGCUCUGGACAUGGAGAGGACAGUGUCUAAGCUCAUGUUCGACUUCCAGAGGAACUCAACCUCAGACGACGACUCUGGCUGCGCUCUGGAGGAAUAUGCGUGGGUGCCCCCGGGCCUCAAACCAGAACAGGUUCACCAGUAUUACAGCUUCCUGCCAGAGGAUAAGGUGCCCUACGUCAACAGCAUCGGCGAGAAGCAUCGCAUCAAACAGCUCCUGAACCAGCUGCCCCCUCACGACAACGAGGUGAGAUAUUGUAACUCUUUGGAUGAAGAGGAGAAGAGGGAGCUGAAGAUCUUCAGUAAUCAGAGAAAGAGAGAUAACCUGGGCAGAGGAACCGUCCGCCCUCUUCCUCUCACUAUCACUGGAGCUGUUUGUGAACAGUGUGGAGGGCAGAUUAAUGGUGGUGAUAUUGCGGUGUUCGCCUCCCGAGUGGGCCACGGACUGUGCUGGCAUCCUCACUGCUUCGUCUGCUGUGUGUGCGCCGAGCUGCUGGUGGACCUCAUCUAUUUCAACCAGGACGGCAAGAUCUACUGCGGCCGCCACCACGCUGAACGGCUCAAGCCACGCUGCUCAGCAUGCGAUGAGAUUAUCUUUGCUGAUGAGUGCACAGAGGCAGAAGGGAGGCACUGGCACAUGAGGCAUUUCUGCUGUUAUGAAUGCGCGGCACCACUAGGUGGUCAGCGCUACAUCAUGCGAGAGGGACGACCUCACUGCUGCAACUGUUUCGAGUCACUCUACGCAGAGUACUGCGACGCGUGUGGAGAACAUAUAGGCAUAGACCAAGGCCAAAUGGCUUAUGAGGGUCAACACUGGCAUGCCACCGAAGAGUGUUUCUGCUGCGCUCGCUGCCGCCAGUCUCUGCUGGGUCGUCCCUUUCUGCCCAAGCAAGGCCUCAUUUAUUGUUCCCGCCUCUGCAGCCAGGGAGACGAGCCCGACCUGUCCGACUCCUCCGACUCCGCCUUUCAAAGCGCCCGCUCCCGCCAGUCACGCCGCAGUGCUCGAAUUGGCAAGCAAGGGACCAAGAACAAGGCAGAAGGGGGGCGGCAGCAAUCGACUGGCUCGGGAUCAGCCACAGGUGAGCGGCAUUCGACAGAUGGGGACUCCCUCGCCGUACAGAUGGACUUGCUGAGCGUGUCGAGCCCUGCUCCCAGCCGCACCCCUAACCGCACGCCAACGCGGACCCCGAGCAGGACCCCAAGUCGUUCUCCAAGCCUGAACCGCAAGCAGUCUGUCUGGAUGAGCAGGGAUGAACCGUAUUCCUACGAGUCCAAUAAAAGAGAUCCGUCCCCUUCCCCGAAUGCUCAUCAGCUGCGGAGCCAGUGUAGCAUCCGGACCCCUUAUCCACCCUCUCCUAGUCAGCCAGCGAAGGUCGUGAGCCCUCCCGAGUCCUGGCACAAAGAACAACAAGGGAGCAACCCCAAAAAGCCUCCAGUUAUGGCUGCUCUGAGGGGGCACUCUUUUAACGAGAACUGGAUGCAUCACGGUCAAGAACCUGAGUUCCAUCCACCCAAACUCAAGACGCAGAUGAGCUUCAACGAGGUAUCAAGUCGGGGUGCAGCUUUUCUAGACAAGAGGAGUGUGAGCGUACAGGGCUUCCCUAGAGACAUGCGCCCCCCACUUCUGAGGAGCAGGCACCACAUUGGUCCCAGUUUUGGUGAACUGACACCUCUGGAGCAGACACCACGAGGAUCUGCGGACUCGCUGGCCCUUUCCUACGCUACAGGAAAUUCUUUGGAUGGGACCACUAGGCGCCAGGAGCAUCUUUCCCGCUUUUCAAUGCCUGACUUAAGCAAGGACUCCGGGGUAAAUGUAUCUGAGAAGAGUGCCAUGGGGACUCUAAACUCAUCCAUGCAGUUCCGCAGCACUGAAUCCCUGUCAUCAGUCCCAAGACCUCUUGCCGAUCUGGGAAUGCCUGUCAGACUAAGGUAUCCUCCGCCGCUCUACUGGGACUCGCCUCGAGGGCUAAGCUUUGAUGAGCAAGCCAAAGGGCGAAUGGGCCUUGCGGGAAGCAUGGGCAAUGUUCACGUAGUGACACCGCGGCCGCGGCGAGCCAACACUCAAGACUCUCCGCGGCAGCAGAGGCCGAGGCAACACCACCAUCGCAAGAGUCACAAGGGUCACAAAGGCCACCACCGCUCCAGACGCUCCCGCUCUGACAAUGCUCUUCACCUGGCUGCUGAAAACCAGAACUACCCUAGUGACCCUGUGCAGAGGUUCCGCGACGACUUUCAGAGGCUGCCCUCGUCCAGGAUGUCGCGUGAUCCUUUUGGGGGAAAUUACGCAUACAGGCAGCAGUUUUUCAGGCCUUGUCCUCGGACCACCUCUGAUCUUACCCUGCAGGACCCUGGGGGUCCGAGACAAGGGCAGUUCCUGGGCAGGUAUGGAGAGCUGGCCGAAGACGAAGAUCACUUUUGCUCCACCUGCUCCUCUUCGUCUGAGGCGUCCGACGACGAAGGAUACUUCAUGGGUGAACCCAUCCCCCGGCCUGUGCAGGUGCGCUAUCUCGACAACGAGGAUUUGCGACAGCGUUAUAGCCCCACUAUGAUGGGUGGUCACUCCCAGCUACACACACGUAAACGCCGGAAGAGUAAGAACUGCAUCAUCUCAUAAGAAAGAAAAACUGUGUGUGUGGGAAUGUUUGGGAAUGUGUGUGUAUGUGUGCGUCGGUCUGUCUGUUUGCGUACGUGUGUGUGUGUGUGUGUGUGUGUGUGCGUGUGUGUAUCUGAGUGUGUGUGUGUACUUAUACUAAUAACUUCUAACUUCUGAAUGGAUUGUACACUUAUUUACGCAUGAUCAAAUUAUAACCGAGAAAACUUGAUCAUGCCCUCUGGACCUUCUCUCCUCUGUUUACUGUGACAGAAGACUGCACAAAGAUUUCAUGUAUGAACAAUUACCUAUUUGAAUAUUACAUAGAGUAUUGUAUAUUCGACAACACUUAAGUUCACUUGUAGAAACGUGCAAUAAGAAUGUGCAAUGUACCUUCUGGUUCGGCUGGAAAACGAGUAGCGAGGCUCAGCGCGCGCCGGACUGUUCCGAGACGAGCGAUACCGAUACUGGUUGGUUAUCAUAACUGGCUUUCAUUAUUGUAUUCUAAUCUUUAUUCAGAGUUGUCUUAAACUUAAGGUCAUUUGUGUUACUGUAAAUGUGAAGAUGACUGAGAGAGUACCAGCUCAGCCACACGGCUUAGUGAAGACUGAGGGGACUUGGCUUUAAGUGCAAAUCUUAUCUACCCCGGCUUCAACGCAACAUUCCCCUUCACUGUUCUCUCCUUAAACCUGUCUUUCUUCUCCUCUUUUAGCACACACACACACACACGUGAGACCCAGUUCAUAUAACCCUUAUAAAUAACACCAUAUGCUAGUUGCCAUUGUUCUAAUUGCUUGCACCCUGUCUUAUUACUGACACUUUAAGAUCACUUACAUUCGCUUUUGGGCAUAGCAAUGUUUGGUAUAGUCCUGUUUUAAAUGCAAUAUACUUUCUUUUCCAAAGUCCUCAUUUUAAUAAUGCUAUCUUUCGAUUCUAUGUAUGUACAGUGAUUUUAAAAAGUACUAUAAGUUAUGGCUGUAGUAUUGUAAAUGUUCUGUAAAUAUAGUCGUAAAUAUUUCUAUAUUUUGUAACUUCAGAUGCAUUAUUUGUAUCAUAUUGUAGAGUGUAGAAACCCAAGCUGACUGCAUGUAUCCCCAGUUCAUGUCUUGUAUCUGAAUUAAAUAAUAUUUCAAUGAUCAAUAAA